CAUGACAGCGACAAACCCGGAAACGAAAUCUACACUUGUGGCAGGUAGGCUAUCACCUCUUAUAUGUCAGAGUGGAUUCAGUGAAAUAGAAACAACCAGAACCGACAAUUGAGAUGCCGUCAGAUCAACACAUUGGGGAAUAAAAUCCAUCCAAAUUUCAUACAGACGCCGGAAAACUAUGUUUUGAGGCUCCUACGUCAACUGGACUAUGCAGUACCGUAGAUUCGUUUGUGUUAUUCUCUUGGGAUUGUACUUCUGUGGAUAUCCUCAAUCUUUAUCUGCCUGCAAACAAGAGCCAGAAACUCCAGACUGGAGGUUGACUCUGAAAACGAUUCGUAAUGGAAUACACAAGAUUGAUACGUACCUGAAUGCAGCACUGGACUUGUUUGGAGGCGACGAUGGGCUGUGUCACUACAGGUGUAGUGAUGACUACAUGCCGGUGCCUCGUCCUGGGUACAAAAAGCCACCACCCAACGGAUGUGGAUCCCCACUCUUUGGAUUUCAGUUUGAUAUAGGUAUCCCAUCAAUGACCAAAUGUUGUAACCAACAUGACCGCUGCUAUGACACAUGCGGCCAAGAGAAGCGUGACUGUGAUGAACAAUUUCAGGACUGCCUCGAGACCAUCUGCAGGAAUGUACAAAAGACUCUGGGAUUGGCCAAGAGUGUUCAAGCUUGUGAGUCAGCAGUGACUCUGCUGUUUGACGCUGUUAUGCACUUGGGAUGUAAGCCGUACCUGGACAGCCAGAGAGAUUCUUGCGUGUGUCAGUAUGAACUGAAGAAGGAACUGUGACACCACUACAAAAUGAAGACUGUGAAAAAGACUGAUCAAUAAGCACAACACUGACAGGCGGAUGCCAAUAUUAAACUUUGCUUUCAGAGAAUGUUCUCAGGGAUUGAGUGUCUUUGGCCUGCAUUGACUUGUGUCCAUUGCCUCUUAUUAUUUGACUUAUGAAAUGUCAACAUCUGUAAUAUUUAGUUUUGGGAUUGCUAAAUGAAUGGUUUUCUCUCAUUUAUAUUUUAAUAACAAACUAAUAUAUAUGUGUAGUGUUGCACUGGAGAGCUAAAGUUUGAGUCCUCAUUCUGCUUUAUACUAAAUUAUUUAAGAUUCUUAAAAACCCUGUAAGAAGUGUUCCUGUGUGUAAUAAGGCUCAGAUUUUAAGAGGAUCAAAGACUACGAAAGACUCUCUUACUUCCUUUAUUACAGUUAAAUGCUCUACUGGUAAAAGCAGGAAUUUUUUGUUUACUUAUUUAGUACAGAGCAAGUUCUCUAAACAUUUGCGAACAUUAGUUUUCUCCUUCCAAGCAAACACUUCAACAUUAAGUGAAAGAGGAAAAUGUUGCCAAUAUUCAAUAAACAAAAUAAAACAGCUCUCUUA